UCCUAUAUAAUCGCAUUGGCAGCACCAUAUUUCCUCCGUUUUCUUUUGCGUCCUCGGUUAAUUUUGUUGACUUCGGAGCUUCGAAAAUGGAGCGUUCGCAGUCGCACCGAGUGGAGAUGAUAAGCAUGGCCGUGGCUCUCGUCGCCAUUGGCGCCGGUGCGGCCUACUAUUUCUAUGUCACUAAGAAACCUAAAGGUUGCUUGGACCCGGAAAACUUCAAGGAGUUCAAACUCGUUAAGCGCACAAAACUGAGUCAUAAUGUGGCUAAAUUUAGAUUUGCUCUUCCUUCGCCUACUUCUGUGUUGGGACUUCCUAUUGGACAACAUAUGAGUUGCAGAGGAAAGGAUAGUCAAGAAGAAGUAGUUAUCAAGCCAUAUACUCCAACAACUUUGGACUCCGAUAUUGGAUACUUUGAAUUAGUUAUAAAGAUGUAUCCACAAGGAAGGAUGUCGCACCACUUCCGGGAGAUGCAGGAAGGUGAUUACUUGGCUGUCAGGGGUCCUAAGGGGCACUUCAAGUAUCAAACUAACCAAGUCAGUGCUUUUGGGAUGCUUGCUGGAGGCACUGGAAUUACCCCAAUGUUCCAGGUUGCUCGAGCCAUAUUGGAGAACCCAAAGGAUAAAACUAACAUCUCUCUUAUCUAUGCCAACGUCGCACAUGAGGACAUUCUUUUAAAGGAAGAGCUGGAUAAUCUUGCGUCUAAUUUUCCAAACCAGUUUAGUGUCUACCAUGUUCUGAAUCAGCCACCUGAAGGAUGGGAAGGUGGUGUCGGGUUUAUAUCGAAGGAAAUGAUUAAAAUGCACUGUCCUGCACCGGCAUCUGAUAUUAAGAUAUUAAGGUGUGGCCCACCCCCUAUGAACAAGGCUAUGGCUGCUCACCUAGAUGCUCUUGGAUACACUCCUCAGAUGCAAUUCCAGUUUUGAAAGCGUUAAGGGAGUGUGUGUUCCAGUUCUUCAUGCUUCUCAUUUAUAGCAUAAUAAAACAAUUUCAUGCAUGCUUUUUUAGGCAACUUAAGAAACAAUAUAACAAGUUUACUACAUAAAAUAUUCUUCUCAUUAACGCCCCACUUGAUUACUAGUUAUACUCACGUCAACAUUUCAAAGGUUAUGUCAUUAAGGCUGUGUUUGUAGCGGUGCCGUGCCACCAGACCCUAGAUUUGUAGUUUCCUUUCGAUCUGACUUGUUUGCUUGUAAGCCAACUGUCACAUACCUUUUAUAUAUAUAUAUAUAUAUAUAUCAAGCCAGUGGUCGGGGCUUCGAACCCAGCCAUUGUUCG